GAGGCAGCCUGGCGGCGGAGUGCGGUGAGGUGAGCUUCGGUUGCCGGCAGCAGGCGGGGCCGGGCCGGAACGGGGCUGCGCGGGGCUGCGGCCGUGCCGGCGGAGAGGGCAGGUGCUGGGGGUGGCUAUGCCCGCGGGUCCCCCUUCGGCGGAGUCUGCCCCGGACGGGGCCGCGGGUGGCGGCCCGCUUUUCUCCGUGCCUGCAGCCUCUGUGCUCCGGAGGUCUCGCACGGGCUGGGGCGCCCCGAGCCUGGAGUAGGUCCGCGUACCGCAGCGGGGUGGAAAUAUCUGCCCUCCUUGCUUGGUGGAGUCCAGCUGGGAGCUGUGCAUUACCGCAGUGAAGUUUCCACUCUCUUGUGGUUCUGCUUUUUUGCUGUUUUUGAUGUCACAGACCUUGGGAACAGCUGCUGAGGAAUGAAAUCUCCACCUCUUCUCGUGGCCUCUCUACUGGCAUGCAUCAUUGUGUUGGGUUUCAAUUACUGGAUUGCAAGCUCUCGCAGUUUGGAUCUGCAGAGUCGGAUCAUGGAGCUGGAAGGCAAGGUCCGCAGGGCAGCCGCAGAGAGAGGCGCCGUGGAGCUCAAGAAGAAUGAAUUCCAAGGAGAGCUGCAGAAGCAGCGAGAGCAAAUUGAUAAAAUACAGUCCUUGCAUAGCUUCCAGAUGGAAAAUGCCAACAGAGCACAUUGGAAAGAGAAGGAGCUGCUGAUGAAUAACAUCACAACAAAUGAACGACUGAUCCAGAGUCUACAAGAACACUUGAAAGAGUUACGGACAGAGUAUGGAAGGCUGCAACUGGAUGUUUACCGGUUUCAGAAGAACCAGACUAACCUUCAGAGAAAGUUCUCAUAUGACCUGUCACAGUGCAUCAAUCAGAUGAAGGAAUUAAAAGAACAGUGUGAAGAAAGGAUAAAUGAGAUCUCAAAAAAAGACAUUGAUGUACCACAAGUCAAAGAAAAUAAAGACUUAGAAGAUUCAAAAAGAGACAACCAGGCUGAUGGUCAGUUGCCAGCUCCAAAGCAACCUGAGUCCAAGCAGACCGAUUUGGACCAGCAGAGAGUCAAUGAAGAUGUGCCAAAAGCAGUGCCUACAGUCAAAAGGACAGAUGCUCUGCAGCCUAAUGAAAGAGUAAAUGGCCUCACUGCCAUCAGAAAAGAGGACUCCAAAGUAGAGGAGGAGAAGCUCUCCGAUGAACUGAAACAGCCACAGGAUUUGGCUGUGGCUGGCACAGGCCGUAAGGCGGUGCCCCCUGAGUCAGAGAAAGAACUGAAUCCAUCUGAAGAUGGAAAAAACAUAGAUGAGCAAAAGGUACCACAGCCAGCUGUACAAGAGAUUGCUGACGAGGAGGUGGAGAGGGAGCAGCUCCUCAAUUACGAUGCUAAGCAGAGUGACUCACCUCCUGGACAGGCUGACCAACAAGCACAGGAGGCAUUGAAUCAGGACAAAGAUGUUGACUACAAUUUAGAGGAGAAUGAAGCUGAAUCAGAAACAGACAAGCAAGCAGCACUUGCAGGCAUUGAAACUGUUCAAAACUCUCAAGAGAAAAUGUGAAGAACCACUUACUCGACCAAACUGGAACACAACAGAGGCUGUGAACAAGGGAAAUACAUGAUGCAUCUUAAUCAACUCUUCCUACAAACACAGCAAUGACCAGAGCAAAGUAACUUAAGAAUGUUUGAUUAUAUUUUCGAGGCUUUGAUAAAGGCUCAAAUGAAAUAGUUUGUUGUGAAGUUUUAGUACUGUUUCAGGGGUGAAAAAAUUGUGUCUCUCGAGGCUUGUUUUAAAGCAGUGUGACCACUGUGAUGAGGCUUUUCUUUCUCCUGAUUAUAAAAUGAAAAUCAGCUAACAAGCACUGUAGUAACUUUGAAGUCAGCUAACUUGUACAGCCAUGCUACAAUAACAUUAUGCAUGGACUGGAGGUAGAUGGGAAAGAGUCCUCUGGCAAAGAUGGAAUCUUCCCCUGAGCAGUGCAGUAGAGAAACCCCCACCCUAGUCUUAAGAGAGAGGAGUUAACUUAAUUUGACAAAACACGGAAAACAUGAAAAAUGUCCCGUGCUGCAGUCUGCCCUCGUGCCAGUUCUGACACCAUUUUACUGCAGUGUAGAUGGACUCAGAAAGCAUGAUUGUAGUUCUCAGAUAUGACAUGGCAUUAUAUAUUUUCCUUUAUGUCAUAAAUGGAACUUCUAGCUUACAUAAUUUGUACCAGGAAUGAAUUGCUGUCUUGAUUUUAUUCCUAGCUUUUGUGUUAAAAAUAGAUUCUAGUAAUAGAAUAUUCUUAAGAGAUUAGCAGGAGUGUUUCCUGAAAGCCUUGCUGGAAGCUUCACAAAAUCAGAAGUGCCACUAGCUCAUGCAGACAUCAGUCAGACUGACUCCUGACCUUGUGAUGUGAGAGGCCUACAGCAGUGGUGUACUACUUCUGCCAUCCCUCUGCUGAAAUGAUACCUUCCACUGAAGAGUAGAAGGGAAAUGCCUGCCUCAUGGAACCGCGGAUUCAGCUGUCAAAAAAUGUCGUCUCUGCUGGACUUUUGAGGGAGGCAGACCAGGUUGUGCAUUUACCAGACAUUUCAUUAUUGCCCUCAGUUGAAACAGUAGUUGAUGUGAAGUGCUGUGUUAAACACCAUUAUCAUGUUGUUGAUAUUCUGUAGUCUUUGAAUUUUCUGCAACUUGUUGAACUUGUUUACGUGGGAGAGCCUGGAAUACCUGUGGCUGCCACUGAAAUACCUUUUAACUUCAAGUCUCACCCUUGUUGCGUGUAGCCAGUUGUUUUGAAGAUUGCCUUUGUGUCUGCUUUUAAGACCAGCAGCCAUGUUUGGAGCAGUCUCCAUGAAUAUGAACCAACAGCCAUCAUGACAGUAUGGGAGAAGUCAGACACAAAGAACUUCCCAACAAACGGUUUCAAUUAAGAAUAUAGAAAUCUGUCGUGGCUUUCUCUUAAUGUACUUCAUAUCACAAAGUUAUAGUUUAUAAUUCUUUGGUGUGCUAGUUAACUACUCCUGUACCUUGAGAUGCCUAAAUGUGCAAAUUGAGGGCUGUGGUUUUGUUGUUGUUUGUUUGUUUGUUUGUUUUUGUGUAGGAAAAGAGUUGUCAUUCAGCAAAAUCAGAGGAGCCAUCAAAUGGUGCCUGGUUGUCCUAAGUCCACAAAUUGUCCACUGACAGGCUUGCCAAGUGUGACAUGAAUUGUUUUGAGAGAAGAACUACCCUCUGUUACUGAGUUACUUGCUACUGUUUAUUAUCACCAUUUAUGUCAGAUUUUACUGUGCUGGACUAUUGCAGUCAGUAAUAACAAAGAAAGCAAAUAUUUUUAAGCAGUAGAGAAGAGGAAAUGUGAGCAUUUCUUCUAAAUGACAGAUAUUGGAAAACUUGGGGAUAUUUCUGUAUUGCUGGUUAUUUUACUUGAUCUUUUGUAAAACAUGGUAUGCUUUGGCAUCAGAAUGUUUACACGCAGUCAGAGUAGAGUGAGCAUUAUCUUAGGACUUAAUCUGUAAACUGUUAUUUAGCUGAGAUUAAGUCAAUCAGGCAUUUCUGAUUGCAGAACUGUACAUUUUAACACUAUGAAAUGUACAGUGAAAUGCUGUAUUGAAGUUGAAUGAAUUACUGUAGCUUGAAACUCCUACAAUCCUGAACAAAACCCACAGUUCCUAAAUGUAAUUAAUAUACUGUCAGAGAAUUCUUUUAGAAUUAGAAUAGUCCAACUGGCUGACCGCUUUAGGGCUAGCAGAAAGUUAAAGCAUAUUACUGAGGGCAUUGUCCAAAUGUCUCUUGAGCACUGACAGAUAUGGGGCAUCAACAACCUGUCUAGGAACACUGUGGCAGAGUCUGACCACUCUCAGGGUAAGGAAAUUGCUGGCAGCAUUUCUGUACAGUGCCUAAAACCUGACUAGGCUUCUUGCUAGCCAGCUAGUUGGCAUCCUUCCUGUAAACACGACCUCCUUUAGGCAAAGCACAAUUGCUGUACCUCUGACAGUGGAAGGCGGACAGCCUGUGUAAAAGCAACGUUCAAAAUCAUAGCAGAAUAAUAUCUUACUCUCAGUAGCUUCGAGUACUACAAGAAUGAUAAAUUUUUAAUAAACAAGGGACUGUUGUGUCUACUAUAUGGAACUUUACAGGAAUUAAUGUAGUUGAACAAAACAAGAUUCACUUGGAACUGUGAUUAACAUAAUGUUUAUCACUAAAUUUUUUACAUGCAUGAGGAAGGGGAAGCUUCUUGUCUAAUCUUCCAGGGAAUAAAUUAACACUUGUCCCCAUUGUUUUUUAAAAACAAAGUCUGGUCCAUUUAAAUAAGCAUUUUAAAAUAAAAAUAAUCUUCUCUAUUGUGA